UUCAUUUUCUAGAAUCAUUCACUCUAAUAUUGUAAGUACUAUCUUCAAAAAUCCUAAGCAUGGGCGGCAAGGGGAAAUCCUGCGAAUGCACUCUCGAGACUAAAGUUCUGUUCUUUUGCAUUUGGAUAAUAGUUACUGGAUUUUUCGCCGCAAUUUCCAUUGGCUCACUCAUCCCAAUUGUUAUGAAAAACAGACCAGAACAUUUGGGGUUUUUCGUUACCCUCGUGGUACUCGCCGUUAUUGAGAUGGUGGCCGGGAGUUGUAUGACCAUUGCUUUCUAUAAAAAAAUAGCCUGGUUAUUUAUGGUCGGGCUUGUAUUUAGUUCUUUUUAUCCAUACUGUGCCUUUAUUUUCCUGGUUCCGCUGGUUAUGCACAUCGUUUUUACCGUUUAUGCGUGCCAAUAUUUUUUCAAAAUGCUAUCAGAGCGCUAACUACAAAUUUUAUCUGGCAGAGAUCCCUUCCGUCACAAUGGAUCUCGAUGGGACCAUUUUAAUAUGUUUCGAAUUGAACAAGACAAAUUUACCAUAAUUGAUUGAUGUAUAGAGCGUAAAUAAAUGUUGGAUU